AGUUCCUCCUCCACUCCCUCUUGGUGACGGGCCACUGAGAGGUGGAGCUACACUGAAAUAGGAGAGCUUCAACUUCCCAGAAAUGAAAGUGAAAGUUUGUCUGAGCGACAGAACAGCGGCACGUCUCUCUGCUUCUCUCUAAAGAAACACUCGACUGAAUCCAGCAGCUUUUCUCAACAACACAGCAGAACUUAUUCCAAAUACUGAUAUGUCUGCUGCCAGCUGUCUACUGGCUAAAGAUACGUUUCUGUGCUCCAUCUGUCUGGAUGUGUUCACUGAUCCAGUCACCAUACCAUGUGGACACAACUUCUGUAAAGCCUGCAUCUCUGAACACUGGGACAGAAAUGUCCAGAGUCAGUGCCCCAACUGCAAAGACGUUUUCAACCUAAAGCCUGAGCUGCACGUCAACACUUUCAUCUCUGAGAUGGCUGCUCAGUUCAGACAGUCAGCUCAACAGAAAGCCAGCAGCAGCAGCUCAGAGCAACACGUUUUUAAACCAGGAGAAGUUCCCUGUGACGUCUGCACUGGAACCAGACUGAAGGCCCUGAAGUCCUGCCUGGUGUGUCUGGCCUCCUACUGUGAGACUCACCUGGAGCCUCAUCUGAAAAAUGCAGGCUUCAAAAAACAUCAGCUGAUCGACCCUGUGGAGAACCUGGAAAGCAGGAUGUGUUUGAAGCAUGAUAAACUGCUGGAGCUGUUCUGUAAGACCGACCAGGUGUGUGUCUGCAUGCUCUGCACUGUUUUAGAGCACAAGACACAUGAUGUUGUUCCUCUGAAAGAAGGAUAUGAAGGAAAGAAGGCUGCGCUGGGGAAGACAGAGGCUGAAAUUCAGCAGAUGAUCCAGAAGAGACGACUGAAGAUUCAGGAGAUGAAUCGCUCAGUGGAGCUCAGUAAGGAAGGAGCAGACAGAGAGAUAGCAGAUGGUGUUCAGUUCUUCACCGCUCUGAAGGAGUCUGUUGAGAGAAGCCAGGCCGAGCUCAUCGACACGUUCAAAGAGAAGCAGAGAGAGACAGAGGAACAGGCUGAAGGCUUCAUCAAAGAGCUGGAACAGGAAAUCUCUGAGCUGAAGAAGAGAAGCUCUGAGGUGGAGCAGCUGUCACGCUCUGAAGAUCAGCUCCACCUCCUCCAAAGCUUCACGUCCCUGAACGCUGCUCCACCCACCAAGAACUGGACAGAAGUCAGGGUCCGUCCACCUUCAUAUGAGGGGACUGUGAGGAGAGGUGUGACUCAGCUGGAAGAGACGCUCAGUAAACAGAUGAAGAAGCUGCUUGAGGUGGAGCUGAAGAGGGUCCAGCAGUAUGAGGUGGAGGUGACUCUUGAUCCUCAUACAGCACAUCCCAACCUCAUCCUGUCUGAUGAUGGAAAACAAGUUAAACAUGGUGAUGUGAAGAAGAAUCUCCCAGACAAUCCAGAGAGAUUUGAUCAUUGUUCUCGUGUUUCAGGAAAGAAGAGUUUCUCUUCAGGUAGAUAUUAUUACGAGGUUCAGGUUAAAGGGAAGACAGGGUGGAUUCUAGGAGUGGCCAGAGAGUCGAUCAACAGGAAGGGAAAGAUCACAGCGACUCCUCAGGAUGGUUGCUGGAUAAUAUGGCUGAGGGAAAAUGAGUACACAGCUCUUGCUGGUCCUGCAGUCCGUCUCUCUCUGAAUUCUCAGCCUGAGAAGGUGGGGGUGUUUGUGGAUUAUGAGGAGGGUCUGGUCUCCUUUUAUGAUGUUGAUGCUGCAGCUCUGAUCUACUCCUUCAAUGGCUGCUGCUUCACUGAGAAACUCUACCCUCAUUUCGGUCCGAGUCUUAAUUAUGAUGGUAAAAACUCUUCUCCGCUGAUCAUCUCUCCUGUCAAUCACACUGAGUAGAACAAACAUUUGAUCUUUUUUUUUCUUUCUUUGAUGCCAUUUACUAAAAUUACAGGCAGAUUUUUCAAAACAAAAUGUAUAUCAUGUAAUGUCUCAUUUAUUCUAAUGACUGCAUAACCUGCCUUCAAGAAUGUUGAUUUAACAAACACAAUGCACCAAUGAAUGAACACGAAACAAUUGCAUGUCCAUUAAUGUCUUGAGCCAAGGAAAUUAGUUUUAAUUGUCCAAUCAUUGUAUACAUAAUACAUUUUUGAACCUGCGAGGAGCUGCUGGCUCUAUGAGAGAGCCCGAUCUGCUUAAAAAAACAGUUUUCGUAUAAUACCUCUCACUGCCUGAAGAAUAGACACAGACCAACGCUGCAAGUCUAACUAUACUGUAGGGUGUUAAAUAAUAACUCCAAUUCAAAUUUCAAUUGCCACUCAUUUGGUGAUAGCUAACUAGAUAGCCAACAUGUCGUGUUAGACACUACCACACUGUAUUAUUCAAAAUCAAUCUUAUUCUCAAUGCCACUGGUACAUGUAGUGCAAAAGUUGCAUCCACAAAAUGCGGUUCUAGAUAUUUUUACUUUUAUUUUUUUACAACUAAAGGCUUUAGAAAAGAGACGGUGUAGGAGCUAAAAUGCUUAGUUAGCCUGUGUUUAUUGUUUUUAUUAUUAUCAUUAUCAUUAUUGUUUACACAGAACGCAUUUGUUUUUGACCACUUCCAGUAGUUCUCCAGGGUGUGGUUUAUGGUAUUCAGGUCACCUCUUGUAUGUCGGGGUUGGUGGAAAGACAAUGGGGUAGUUUUUCCUACAACAUUUUCUGUUAUGUCCGUAUAGUCCAUCUUUAGUUAUGGUUUGUUUUAUUUCAUUAUUAAACAGAGCAAUGAGCUGAA